UUAAACCCUUAAUUGAAAUAGGGUUUUUCUUUCUCCUUGCUCGAAUUAAACCCUAAAUAGGUCGUUCUUCUCCUUCCUCUUAAUAAUAAUAGAUACAGAUAUGGGUGAAAGAACAGUGAAGAAGAACAAGAAAACAUCCAACAACAAACCUCUUUCUCCUGCUCAAGAUAAUGUGGAUGGUGUAAGUUCUGACAAGAAAUUGAAAAAAUCUACAAGAGACAAGAAAAGAAAAGGCACAGAGGUAGCCGAAGCCAAAAAAGUCGGUGUCGUUGGCUCCAGUAGUCCCGUUGGUUUUUAUGACGGUGAAAAUGGUGCUUUAACCAGAGACAAAAAAAGGACCAAGUUGAAAAAAAACAAAGUAGAUAAUGAAAAUAGGAAGAAUGGUGUUCGUGAACAUGUUCCGCAAUCUAAUGAGGUUGCAAAUGCCUCUCACCAACAAAUUGAAGUCUUGAUGAUCAACGCGGACAAUAAAAGGAUAAAAUUUGAGGAGAAAAAAGGAAAGAUAACUGCAGGUAAGGUGGAUAGUGCAAAUUCUGACAAGAAACUGAAAAAAAGUGCCAGAAAGAAGAAUAGAAAAGGCACAGAGCUAUCCGAAGCUGAAACAAUUGAAGUUGUUGUACCCACUACUUCAGAUGAUGUUAUUGAGUGUAUAAAUAGUGCUGGAAAGAAGGACAAGAAAAAAAACAAAUUGAAGAAAAAGAAAAGAGAGAACGGAAAUAAAAAGGAUGUUGUUCAUGAAGUUGGGGAUGAUUCUAACCAACAAUUUGGUAAGUCAAAAAGGGUGGCCACAAUAGAAAAUGAAGCUACUUUACUUGAUGAUGAAGAUGAAGUUUAUCAAAUCUCUUCAGGGGAUGAAGAUGAAACGACGGGAAUGAAACGAUGGAUUGAUAAAUAUCAUCGCGCUAGACCUGGGGCAGAGGUUCUGUUGGAAAAUAUUAAUGACUUUUUAGUCGACUACAAUGCACAAAAGGAUAAGGAAAGAAAAGAAAAAGAUGAGGAAGCAGCAGAAGGUGGAUGGACUGUUGUUACACACAUGAAAGGUAGGAAGAAAACAACAGAUGCUGAAAGCGGUACAACUGUUGGCUCUGUUGCUCAGGCCGCUGUGAUGGAUAAGAUGUCGAAGAAGAAAGACAAACAAGUUGGCAUCAAUUUUUACCGUUUCCAGAAAAGAGAGGCACAAAGAAAUGAAAUCAUGACGCUGCAAAGUCAAUUUGAGCAAGACAAGAAAAGGAUACAGCAAUUGAGGGCUGCAAGGAAGUUUCGACCGUACUAAUAUGGUGGUUGUGAAUUCUAGUACGAACAUUCGUUUGUCUUGGGCGACUGCUGUAUCUACUCGAGCCUUGCCUUACGAAGUUUUUUCUGAGCAAGGAAAGAGGUUUUAGGGACCCAGAAAUGAAAAUUCAAUCACAUGCUAACAUGAGGGUCCAGUUGGCUCACAGAGGUUGGUAUAUCGCUCGAUUUUGUAAUGUGUUAUUAAAUUGACUAAUGAUAGACAAAUGGUUUUUUUUUUAAGAACUUAUUGGACCUAUAUAUUUUUUACUAAUCUGUUUUAUAAAUUAUAAUCUGAUUCUAGAUUUUUUAUUUGAUGUUA